AGGCGGUUGCUGGCGCUUUCCGUGGAUCCCAGCGCCGUUGGACGCACGGGCUGCACCCAUCUAAUAUUGGCAGCCCACAAGGGCAGGGCGGACAUUGUGCAGCUGCUUUUGCAAGCUGGUGCUGCGUUGGAAGCCGCAGACAGUCGAGGUCGAACGGCGCUUCACGUGGCUGCAUGGGCUGGUCACGAGCCUGCAGUCAAGGUGCUGUGUGAGCACGGUGCUAAUCGCGAAGCGAGGUGCGCAGCUGGCACGACACCACACCAGCUUGCGCACGCGAUGGGCAACUUUGCCGCCGCACAAAGGCUCUCG